GCAAGAUGGCACGCGGAUAGUAAGAAUUAUCAAGAAAUAUAUUAAAAAACAUUCACGGCGAACGAUCGUAUUGAAUAACGAUGGCAUCGGCUUACGUUAAAGAUGAGCAAGUAAACAUUUACAUAGGUGGAACAUUUAUACCUGCUAGUCAACGUCCAGAUGGCACAUGGCGUAAGCCACGGCGUGUAAAAGAUGGCUAUAUUCCACAAGAAGAAGUUCCAUUAUAUGAAAGUAAAGGAAAACAAAUAAAAAAUAAACCCCUGUACCCUGUGGGUGCAAGUCCAGAAUUUAUAGCUGAACACAAAGCUAAAAAAGAAGCACUGCUAGCAGCCAAGUCUAAAACUGUUCCUGGUGCUUCAGUGAAAACAGAAAUUAAAAAGAAGAAGAAAAAAAAUAAAAAUAAAACAAUGGAACAUAUAACAGAAGAAUUAGCUAAAACUACACUCUCAGAGCCAGAACAAAAGAAGGAACCAUUACAACAUAAUAACAAAUCGCAAUCCAAUAUUAAAACAGUACCAAACAAUCAGACCCUAGCAGCAAAACCAAAUGCUUCUAAUCAGUCUGAAGCUGCAGCACCAGAUCCACAGAAAAAAUUAAAAAAUCUGAGGAAGAAGGUUCGAGAGAUUGAAACUUUAGAAGACAAAAUUAAAACUGGAUUACUGAAAAAUCCAGAAAAGGAAAUACUUGACAAAUUAGCAAGAAAAUCUGAGAUUUCAAAAGAGAUUAAACGAUUAGAGGCAAGUCAAUAGAAAAAAGGAGUUGAUAAAGAAUAUAUUUGCACACUCUCAUGGAUCAUUACUUU